AUGCUCCCACGCAUCACGGUGCCGCGCGUGCGCAUUGCGGUGCUUGCGGUGCUUGCAGCCGCAGAGGAGGUGGAGCCGGAGCAGUUGAAACUUCCGAAUGCCCUCACCUGCGGCAACCAGCAGGAGUGGGCCAGCGUCGCGGCAUCCUUAUCCGCGCACCUCAGCGGCCCGGAUCCUACGGAUGGCCUGCCGAGCAUUUGCCAGCAGCUGGACUUGGACUUGAUCAAGUGGAUGGUAGGCGAUGUGUUGAACCCGUCGUGGUCGCCCAAUACCUCCGACGCCUUCCAAGAUUUCUAUGAGGAGCAGUACUACUGUGACUCUCGCUUGACCAGCGUUUUGGAGGCAGAAAUGCAGGUGCCGUGUACUGCAGUGUCUUCAAGCGUCAACUCCUCGAGCUGCCUCUUUGGCUCGGCGACCAUCUUCGCGUGCUUCUGCGCCAUGAUGCUGCGGCAUCCCGAGGAGCUGGAGGAGGAGGCCGCGUUGCUGAACCUGCGGCAUUCGGCCGCGGCGAUGCGCUGGAUGUUGGAGUCGGAGCAUCGUUGGCUGGAGUUCCUGGACUCCUCAGAUUGGCCCAUCAACUUGACGGAGGUGGCGAACACUUUAGACGCCUUGCGCGAUGCCUUGUCCGUGGCCAAUUGGAGCCUUGCCAGCGGUGCUCGCGUGCGUGAGACUUCUCUUCGCAGCAGUCGGCGUCCCUGGAGCGAGGGCAGCUUUAGUUGGCGGAUGUCCACGCUGGCGGCACGGCAAUCCUUGGCUCAGAUCGCUUCCUGGAGGGCCAGCGAGCUCCGCGCGCCCGCAAGCUCCGCGCGGAGAGCCGUGACGAUGUGGGCCUUUGGCACCCACUGCUCGGUCAUGGCAGAGCCGGUCUCGGUGAUGUCCACCUUGCUCUCAGAGGAGUUCCUGGUGAAUGUGACCUGGCAUGGAGCCUCGGAUUAUUGCCAAUACCAUCAGGGCGCGCAGCCCGAUGGGAACAGCGACGUCAGACAACUCUACAUGCAGCACUGGAGGAAAGCAGGAGCGGUGGAGGACCAUCGGCAGCUGCUGCCCUUAAUGGCCAUGAUCCGCGAAGGCCAGUUGUCGCCGGAGGUGCUGGGGCUCUUCCGGCGCAAAGCGCAUGCGGCGCCCAGGAAGGAACCACAGGUGAAGAAGGAGGAUGUGCCGCACCUCUUCGAGGAACUCCAUCGGCUCCUGGGGAUCCAGCUGAACCCCGCCACCGUCGAGGACCUGACCCUGAAAGGCCUCCAGGAACUCCUCUGGUCCUCCGCGCUGCACUCGGCCGACCGCGCGGCGCCCACGCCCGCAGCGAAGGGCGCGGAGGCGGCGAAGGUGGAGACAGCGAAGGUUAAGAGCUUCCACGAGCUGUUUUGCGUCAUCACGCGGAUCGGUGAGGGUGCCACUGGAACGGUGAUUUUGGCCAAGGACCGUGCCAGUGAGCAACGACGUGCCGUGAAGGUGGUCCAUAAGACACCUGGAGGCCAAGAACUCAAGGAGGAGCAGUUGAAACUUCAGGAGCUGAGUUUCCAGCGCGAAGUGAAGGUGCUGUCGGCCUUGGACCAUCCACACAUCGUCCGCCUCCAUCAGCACUUCGAAGACCCCCAGGCUUGGUACUUGGUCCUCGACUAUUGUCCCUGUGGUGAUUUGGUCACUUUGAUGGAUGAGCACCGGGAGCCAUCUAUAUAG